UCGCCUAAUUGGUUUAAUAGCCUAAGCCUACUAUCGAUGUGCCAUAUUUAUUUUGUGCGCCACCGCUCCCACAAAAGGUGAACUGAACAACACGCUUCCUGAGUCCUGAAAGCUCUGCUUUAAUUUGGACGCUUUUGGAGUCUGUGUGGAGAUGACAAUACACUAGAAAGUGUAUUUUAUUGCAUGAAGUAUUGGUUCCAUUUUUUUCUUAUAACGGAAUAUAGCCUACGCAUCUUGUGUGAGAUGAAAACAAUUCCAGAGGUGAGCGAAAUACGUUCAUUGGUUAUGGUCACAAUACGAAAAAACGAUGUCGCAUUAUUGUGAGGAUCUUCAUCGUUUGGAAAUCUCUUUUUGAAUGGGAUGCUUAAGAGUGGCUCAUAAGAUGUUUGCAACUUUUUCACCAACAAGCUGAGACUCAGCCAUCAAACAGUAGAAUGUGUCCCAUUGUGCCACAACCGCUGUGUGUGUCCAUUGACGGGCACUUACAUGGCUUUAGGGUUACCUUGGCAUUCCUCCUGUCCGUGUGUGUGUCCCGUAUGACAUUCACGGCCGCCUGCCCACCACCCUGCCUGUGUGCCAGCGACAUCGUCUCCUGCAGUGGUCGCAAUCUGUCAACCGUUCCCCCUGACCUCCCUGGCUAUGUCACCCGAUUGGACCUCAGCCACAAUGUCCUCUCUGCUCUGCUUUUGGAUUGGCCAGACCGGUGUCUGGACAGGCUGACCGCGCUGGUCCUCAGUCAAAACGCCAUUACCCAUCUGGCACCGGACGCCUUCGCCCCCACCCCUCACCUUCGCCACCUGGACCUCUCGUCCAAUGGGCUGUCUCGGCUCAACGCAUCUGCCUUUCAUGGGCUCGGGGAACUGGAAGUGCUGCUUCUGUUUGGAAACCGCAUCAGUCAGACCAUGGCGGGAGCCUUCCAGGGGCUGAGCAGCCUGGAAAGGCUGUAUCUGGGCGGGAACAGACUGGCUGCCUUCCCCCUGGAGCUCUACCAGCGAGAUGGGGCUCUGCCACGUCUGCGUUUCCUGGAUUUGUCGAUGAACAUGGUGAGGCAGGUGCCCGUGCAAAGCCUACUCUCUCUGGCCACCUGGCAGCAGGGUGGCAUCUAUUUGCAGGGGAACCCGUUGGUGUGCGACUGUGCCCUGCGCGCCAUGCUGGAGUACUGGGAGAGGAGGCAGUACCGUCCCCUACUAGACUUCAGGGAGGAGUAUCCAUGCAGCCUGGGUCAGGAGGAGUGGCUGAAUUGUUCUGCUAGCCCUCAGGGUGGGUUUAAUGGACCUGUAGAAGUGUCUUACCAGGCAGAGCCUGGAGAUUGGCUCAUGGUGCCGUGCCCUGGCAUUUCUCUCCCCCUCCGGGAAGGGUUGAUGGUGUUCUGGGUGACCCCGGGCGAUGGAUCCCCGGCACUGGGCGUAACAGACGAUCAGAGCAGCCGCCUCACGGUCCUCACCAACGGUACCCUGGAGAUCCGAGGGGCUCUCCGGGAGGAUUCAGGGACUUACUCAUGCGUGGCAGUCCGCGGGCGACGCCGGAGCUCCAACGAGACUUUGGAGGUCACCGUCUCCGUAGGUAACUCCAGCGGACCGGGCAAGAGCGGGGAGGAACGUAGCAGCGGCGGGGAGCAUUUUAACACGGCCUUUACCACGCUGGCGUCCUGUGUGGUCAGCAUCGUCCUGGUGCUCCUCUACCUGUACCUCACUCCCUGCCGUUGCCAUGGUGGAAAGGCCGGGGGCGUUGGUGGGUGCGGCGGGCGAGCCAUGCUCCUCUGUGCAGAUCCCAGGGAGGCGGAGCUCGCAGACAGAAGGGUCACCGGUGGAAAGAGGGUGGCCUUCCUCGAAACGGGGGGCGAACACCCCCACAAAUGCAGCGCCAAGCACCCAGUAAUGGACGCUGCAGCCACAGAGGGCAUUUUGAAGAAUGGAAGCAGGGCCUUGGAGCAGGUCCUCGAAGAACACAUUGCGUAGCAUUCAGGGUGUGUCCUUCAAGCCCCACCAGGCUUUCACUGGACUAGACUACACCAUGCAAAAUGGACUGUUUGUAACAUGGUUCUCAAAAUGUCAAAUAUUGAAACCUCGCAUUGAGAAUCCAUACAUGAAAGUAGUUUUAACACCUGUUAUUUCACAACAGUGAUCAGACUGCUUUUUAAUGUUAUACCUACUGUGUGGAUAGAUAUGGAAACAGUAGUUGGUUUCUUUAUGUCAAAGUUUUAUACAUAUGAACUUGCAGAUAAAGAAAUAGUUCAAAACAAAAUACAUUCUGUGAAACACCUGUGUGAAAUGCUUUAUGUAGGCAUUCAUGGAUCUAUAACUUAAUGUUAUUACAGGAUACACAUGGUAUACACUGUCCAUCCAAAUGCUUACUUGCAGGUUCCUAGUCUGUCAUAAGGUGCCAUGCGCUAUUAUGAAUGAUCAUAACAGGGCGAACACUGUAAAUGUAUUCUUAAUGUAUUAUAUGCAGGUUGAAUGGAUGCAUUCAGACAAAGAUGCCAAAGUCGACCCUGAUCAGUGUCUGGGAACUAGCCAGCUCUAGCCCCAAGCCUCCCAUGACCUAUAUACUAUUGUUGUUCUCGGUUAUUUUUGCAGGUAUGACUGUGAAUAGAGAGUUUUUCAAGGUGAGGAAGGGACUGAUAUGUUACUGCUGGUAUUAAUAUAUUGAACUAACCUGGAUAUUGACAUUCAUUUAGAAGACCUACAUUUCAUUGUCUUGAUGUUGUAUCUUCAUUUAAGUAUAUAUGCAUUUCAGAUGAGUAGGCUUUUUUAUCCAUCAAUGAUCUCGAAACAGUGCAAGAGACCUGCUAUAUCUUGCAGACACCAUUUUUAGUAAGAAAACACUUAAUUUUAUCUUAGCGUUAGGCUGUAAUGGAAUAAAGCUUUAAAAAGCGUGUUCACGUCCUUUGAGGUGAUGGAGUGGACAGGAAUUGAUUGCCGAGAUCCCCCCCCCCCACUGACAGUUCUCUAGGGGACAUAUUUAACUACAGUAGGUUCCCAUUCCCACCGAUGACAAGGUAACUGGCAUCCAGAUGUGACUUAGCACGUCAAAUUGAAUGGUCUCUGUACCAAACUACAUGUUUAUAGACAAAGCCCACAGUUCCAUGUUUUUAUGGUUGUUGUUUGUUUUAUUUACAAACUGUGUUGUGAAUAUUACGUGAUCACAGUAUAAUGUUAUACCACAGCUAAAUGUGACUUGUACAGACAUGUAGUAUCAGGAUGGAACCUAGUGAUUUGAAGUAUCUGAAGAAGGAAUCUGAUGGACUAAAAUCUGUGACCGUUUUUAAGGCUGUGUUGUCUAGUGCAGAGAACUCUAACUCAGCUGUGUAAUCAGGCCCUCAUAAAAGUUGUAUGUAUGGGACAUACGUUUGACCUGAACCCCUAGCCCCCAUCCCUUCUGUGUUUACAGAUCUGAAGGAGCCGUAUAUAUGUAAGCAAUAAUGGUGAUGGCACCAUCUAGCCUUUUCAAUGGGCUUUGGGGAGCUUCUGCCAUAUUGUUUACACCUAUCCGGUUUCAUGGGAUCUGCAAACAACGAGGGACUUGGAGCUGCUUUCAUUCUAGUCAUUGUAUUUCAUUUGGUAUAGAAUGUUUGUAAAAUUGAACGUAAAACUACAAUUUCCCAAGACUCAGUCCUCCCCUUUAGUCAUGUCCUGGGCAUUUUGUCACCUCCAGCUAGUAGCUACAGUAUCAGAUCCCUAGUUUUUACAACCAUGACCUUUGCCCUUUCUCCAAUGGUCUUGUCCUUGACUCCUCUGGUAGGAAUAUUGUUAGUUGUAUCUGCUGUAUUUCCUGUGUGCUAAGUAUGUUUUGCCAUUGCCAAGCUCGUUCCCAUGCAAGCAAUGCUGCCAGUCUUGCAUUAUACAGAAAGGUUUUGAAUCAAACUUGUCAUGAAAAUUGUUUAUUUACCUGAAGGAUUUUUGUUUACUUUAUCUGGGUAACGCUGUUCUCAUUUGUCACAGAAUGUAUGCAAAAGUUGUCAUUCUCCUAACAUAACCUUUUGCUAUCAAAUGUAUUGCAAUAUUUAGAGGUAUGAAUUAAUUAAAUAUAUUAAAUCAUGGAAUAGAACAACA